AUGUUCUGGCCUCUUUCGGCCCUACUGCUCCCUGCCCUUGCGGGUGCCUUUCGCCACGGCCACGCACGAAACAACACCUUCGACUAUGUGAUUGUCGGGGCAGGCACUGCAGGGAUUCCCAUCGGAACACGGCUGGCCCAGGCAGGAUAUGAGGUGGCCAUCGUCGAGGCUGGUGGCUGGUAUGAGGACUCGGAACCCAUAAUCUCAUCCACUCCAGCCUUUGGUUUCGCGAACAAUGCUGCCAAUGACUGGGGCUUCAUGGUCGAGCCCCAGCCGGGGAUGGGGGGAAGGGUCUUCGGCUAUCCCCGCGGGAAAUGCGUGGGAGGCUCCAGUGCACGCAAUAGCCAGCUGCUAAGAAAAUACACCAGAGCCCCUGCCGGCGCAUUUCAGAGAUGGGCCGACCAGGUCGGGGACCAAAGCUACGCAUGGUCUGAAUUCGAGCGGUUUUUCAAAAAGGGCACGAACUUCACAGCCCCAGAUCACGAUCGCCGGGCCCACAAUGCGACCCCGGGAUACCAUCCAGGCGCAUUCUCGUCCGGCGGUGGUCCGCUGACGGUGACGUACGCCAACUGGGCCUCGCCGAUCUCCAGUUGGAUCCAACGGGCUAUGAUGGCCGUUGGAAUUAACGAUGCUGGUGACUUCAACAGUGGUCGUAUCAUGGGUUCGCAGUAUUUCGCGUUGACAACCAUCCCGGAGACGCAGGAGCGCGCCUCCGCCGCCAAUACAUAUCUGAAGGAAUUUCAAGAUCUCCCCAAUCUCACCGUCUAUACAGAGACAUUAGCGAAGCGAAUCCUCUUCGAUGAUACUAAGACCGCCACGGGAGUGGUGGUGGAGAUGGCUGACCUGGAGCACACGCUCGCCAUCGACAAGGAGGUUAUCCUAUCGGCUGGGGCCUUCCAGUCGCCUCAACUGCUAAUGGUAUCCGGAGUCGGUCCGGCGAGUACUCUGGAUUCCCUCGACAUUCCGAUUGUCCAUGAUAGUCCGUACGUGGGACAGAAUCUGAUCGAUCACGUCUGGUUUGGAGCGGCCUAUCGCGUCAACGUCCCGACGUGGACCCAAUGGGCCAACGAUGCGUUCGACAUGCUUCGGCUCUACGUCGAUAAUUAUCGCCAGCAUCGGCAGGGCCCCUUGACGGCGAACGCGGGCGACUUUGGUGCCUUCGAAAAAGUCCCCAGUCAUCUUCGUGCCGCAUUUACCCCGAAAACUCUCCAAGACCUGGCAGAGUUCCCGGAAGAUUGGCCGGAAGUGGAGUACAUCGUCUCCCCAAUGUACCUGGGCGAUUUCAACGACCCGCUGGGCCGCCAGCCGAAAGACGGCUACCAGUACGCGUCCAUCACCGCGGCCCUCGUCGCCCCCGUAUCGCUGGGCAACGUCACAAUCCAGUCCGCCGACACCCGCGAUCCGCCUGUCAUCAACACCAACACGCUGGGCUCUCCCACCGACCAGCAAGUCGCCAUCGCCGCCUUUAAGCGUCUGCGAGAGAUCUUCGAGGCUCCGGAGUUGGCGCCCGUUCGCCUCGGUGACGAGUAUUACCCAGGGAAACAUUCGGUUCGGACCGAUGCGGAGAUCUUACAAUUCAUCCAACAGAAUGGCCUGGCUUUCUACCACGCCGGGUCGUCGUGCGCCAUGGGGGAUCCUGAAGCAGUUAACAGCACGGCUGUGGUGGACAGCAAGGCACGGGUGAUUGGCAUCAAUGGUGUGAGGGUUGUGGAUGCUGCGACUUUGCCGUUCUUGCCUCCCAGUCAUAUUCAAAGUGCAAUCUAUGCCCUGGCCGAAAAGAUUGCUGAAGAGAUCAUCAAUGAAGAAGCAAAUGAACCUGCACGAGUGGAAUUGUAA